CAACAUGGCAUGGUGUUGCUCUGUGGAGAGAUCACAUCUCGGGCCAAUGUGGACUAUCAGAAGGUGGUGAGGGACACCAUCAAACACAUCGGCUACGACAACUCUGACAAAGGUUUUGACUACAAGACUUGUAAUGUGCUGGUGGCUCUGGAGCAGCAGAGUCCAGACAUUGCUCAGGGAGUCCAUGUGGACAGACUGGAGGAGGACAUUGGAGCAGGAGACCAGGGUCUGAUGUUCGGCUACGCCACAGACGAGACAGAGGAGUGCAUGCCUCUCACCAUCGUCUUAGCUCACAAACUCAACGCCAAGAUGGCUGAUCUCAGACGCAACGGCACCAUCCCCUGGCUGCGUCCUGACUCCAAAACACAGGUGACUGUACAUUAUGACCAGAAGGACGGAGCUGUGAUCCCCAAAAGGGUCCACACCAUUGUGAUCUCCGUCCAGCACGACGACUGCAUCACUCUGGAGGAACAGCAGAAUGUCCUCAAGGAGAAGGUGAUCAAGGCCGUGGUUCCUGCGAAAUAUUUGGAUGACAAAACCAUCUACCACCUCCAGCCAAGCGGUCGCUUCGUCAUUGGGGGACCACAGGGUGACGCUGGCGUGACAGGCAGGAAGAUUAUUGUAGACACAUACGGAGGUUGGGGAGCUCACGGCGGUGGAGCUUUCUCUGGAAAAGACUUCUCAAAGGUGGACCGCUCCGCUGCCUACGCUGCUCGCUGGGUGGCCAAGUCUCUGGUCAAAGCCAAACUGUGCAGAAGAGUUCUGGUUCAGGUGUCUUAUGCUAUUGGAGUGGCCCAUCCUCUGUCCAUCUCCUUGUUCACCUACGGUUCCUCCCAGAAAACAGAGACAGAACUGCUGCAGAUCGUCAACAAGAACUUUGAUCUGCGGCCAGGCGUCAUCGUCAGGCAACUGAACCUGAAGAGGCCGAUCUACCAGCAGACAGCCUCUUAUGGCCACUUUGGCCGAGCGGAGUUUUCCUGGGAGGUGCCCAAAAAGCUUGUCUUCUAAAUACUCCACCUGCUUGUCCUGAUGCCCGCCCGGAGGCUGAACAAGACGCCUCUUCAUGGGCUGUAACUGCCAGCUCCAUCAACUGAUAGGACGUUUUUUAAUAGAGAGAAUAAAAGCCAAAGUUAGGGAGGUAUAAGUCAGCUUUAAAGAGGUCAGAAGAUGAUUAUAUGAAAGACGUGUAAUGGGAGAUGCUCCCAAUGAGAAGAGACAUUUUUUCCCCUUUGUCCUCUUCCAGGCCACAAAAAAUCAAAUCACUGGUGCUUUAUAAAUGUAUGUACAAUCUAUAGCCAAAGAUCUUCCCUGAUAACAGCAAAUAAAACCCUCUGAAGAUGCAUACUUCUGCACCACUUGAGUGUUUUACCUCCAAGCUGUUUAUGUUGCUUUAUGUGACCAGUGUGAUGCAUUGAAAUAAACUCAGUGCUUCUUUUUCAAAGGGUGCUAUUGACAAAAGUGACUACCAUAUUAAUGUUCGGAAGUGUAAUUACUGCUCAGCCAGAGGUUUUCUAAAAUAAUUGAACCCUUUCGUUGCGACUGUAAAAUGUCUUCUCUGAGUCUUAUUUUGUAAUGUGUGCUACAGCAAGCUGUUCACACUGUUACAAUCACCAAGUCAGGUCAUUGAAACGCGGGGAGAGUUCUGAUCUCUGAGACAUAAAAUAUGUUACAAUCAGUCAGAUGUAAAAUAGCCUUGCAGUUUUAUGUUUUCACACUGCUCUUCUUUGCUGUCAGACUCAGCUUUGGGAUCGUUUUUUACCUUCUGCUGUAAAUGUGAGUCAUUUUAGCAAAAAUUAGAAGUUUGAAUCCUGACUUGAUUGUGAAUCAGUCUCUUCUCACUUUGCUCUUAAAACUGUUGAGACCGACGCAUUUAUUGGACCACUGAUGUCUUAAAGUUGCAGCUUUUUUACAAUGUUAGAGGCUUGUGCUGACGUACCUUGUUGAAGAUAUAAAUUUCUCAUUGUAUACAGUCUGAUCCUCUUUUGAGGUAUUUUAGCUAAUUUCGUACUAGUUACACUGCAGCUCUGUAUUGUAGAGUGUAAAUCCAGGGAUUCAGAGUGGAGAAAAAAAGGGAGUGUUUAUUGAAAGAUUUCCCAUAGAGCAUUUAGAAAAUGUAAUUUCAAGUCAGCUUUUGCUAUUGCUUAAUCACAAAGUAUUUAAUUCUAUCCUUCUGAUGGGAUUGAGGAAGUAUUAACAUGUCUGUAGAGGUUCAGGACUUUUGUGGUGAGCAGAACAACUCGUGCAUACUUUUACAGCCGACAUUGUUUUUGUAAUAGGAGUCUUCCUCUAAUUAACGUGUUAUCUAUCGGUGUCAUUUUCUGUCAGCUUUGUUGGCAGAGAAACUGAUGAAUGUAAAUAAUUAAACAAUAAAAAAAUAAAGAUAUAAACCAC